CUAUGUUUCACUUUGGGCGACUAGUCGGCGAUUAGACGUUCUCAUCUCAACUUCAACAAUACCUUACCUCGUCUGGCGAAAUAGAGAAAAAAACAACACGUGCGAUAAACGUCUCUAAUUGGUAGCAAAGAUAAUGUCCAACGUCGAGAUAUCGGAAUAAAGUAUACUUGUCAGAUGCGUUCGAAACUUGGCGCUGUGCUGAUACCGCGCUUCGCACGCUCUUCACUACUGCUGUGCUCUAUAGUUUUUAAAAUCUCGGAGUUAAGAAUAAUAAAUCAUCGAGUGCGCUGACAUGGUAUUCACGGACAAUUCGCUAGGGGAACGUAGAGGAGUGUGACGAUGAUGUCGAGGAAAAUCCACGUGAAUCACCAGUUGAUAAAUCUUUAUCUAGAAUUUUUUCUAUUAUCUGUUCUACUUGUGGAGAAUUGUGACAGUGCGAUAUGGCGACGGGGGUGGGGUUUGUAAAUGUUUUGAGAAAUAAGGAAAUGAAGGACGCUGGGGGUGAUGACAGUGAGUUUUAUGUGAAUUAUCAAGGGAGGACUUAUGAAAUUAGUGGAUUUUUGAAGAAUCAUCCUGGGGGACGACAGGUGCUCAAAGCGUAUGAGGGAUUGUCCCUCGAUCGGGCGUUGGAUAAUGUGCCGCAUUCGGCAGCCGCUUUUCAUCUAUUCCAGGAAUUUGAAAUGAGUCAUAGAAGAGAUUAUGAGGAUAUAGAGAAUUUAAUCGACUGGAGUGCACCCCUUCUCGGACAAGUUGCAUCCCUACGAGAUCGAUACUGGGAGUGGGUGAAUCUCCCAGUGAAUCGACCAAUUCGCCUAUUCAAAUCGGACACUAUGGAAAUACUCACAGUGACACCCUGGUACCUAGUUCCACUCGUAUGGAUACCAAUCUGUACAUAUUUCCUUUAUCUCGGUGUAUCGACUGAUGUUUCCGGUCCUAUCGCACAUUCGCUCGCUAAGAUUGUCCUCGCGUUUUCGUGGGGAUUUUUGCUGUGGACUUUUUUAGAAUACACAUUGCAUCGAAAAUUAUUCCACAUGAAGCCGCCAGCCGAUUCCAAGAUACUCAUAUCUCUUCAUUUUCUUCUUCAUGGCCUUCAUCACAAGGCACCUUUUGACAAUAGGAGACUAGUAUUUCCUCCAUUGCCAGCAAUAUUCCUGGCUUGUGUAUUAUACAAUUUAUAUCAGCUGAUGUUUCCAGUAUUUAUGUUGAAUACUGUAGCUUCGGGAACCAUGACAGGAUACCUAUGUUACGACUUAAUGCAUUAUUAUUUACAUCAUGGGGCGCCCAACGCAGAGACAUAUUUAUACACCAUGAAGCGAUACCACAAUUACCACCACUUCUCACAUCACGACGAAGGUUUCGGUAUAAGCAGCAAACUGUGGGACUACAUCUUCGGAUCGUUAAUUGUACUAAGGCAAUUGAAAAAGGCCAUUAUCUGGUAGACAAAUUUAUCUCUGCCAAAGUUUUUUACAAUUAAAAAAAUUGAUUUCCAUCAAUGAA